CGAGCUCAAAAAAAGGAAAAGAGGGAAAAUAAAGACGGAGCGCAAGUACAGCCUUAGGGAUCAGGAUCCAGAGUUUCGGACAGCAAUGGCUCAUACUACAACUUUACUUUCUUCCUCCCCCUCUCACUCUCACUCUCACUCUCUCACUCAAUAAUGUCUUUUUUGCUCGCAGGAAGAAACCAGAGAUUGUUGGAAAGAAAAAGGAAACAGCGCCAACUCAGAGAAGAGGAAAAAAGCAGGGGCGCCAUGGCCAUGGCGAUGGCGAUGGCAAAAGAAAAGCGGGCAUGGCGAUGGGUCGCUCGCUUUGGCGCUCCUCGCCACCAUGGCUCGAGUCCUUGAAAAGCACGGCAGAAUCAGGCUAAAGCAAAAGAAGCCCAGAAGAAAACAAGAAGCCGGAAUACUACCGCUCGCAACAGCGACUGACACAAGCCCCUGCUGCUUCUACUUCCCCCUCCCCCUUCCCCUCUCCCCCGCAUUAUAAUAUGCAGCCACGCCGCAGCAGCAGCGGCAGCAGCCAGCAAGCCAGCGUCGUCACCCCCACCUCCACCGGGGAAAGAAGAAACAGAGGAGGGGACAGGGAGGAGGAGGCGAGCGGCGGCGGGGAGCGCGUGCCUGGUUGGUGGUGCUAUGAGAGGGCCGGCCGCGUCCGGGGGGCGGGCAUCGGCGGCGGCCGUCUUGUUCGGAGUUCUUGUUUUGGUGUCGUUGGUCGUCGUGGUGGCGGAGAGGCCGUCCACGCCGGCGAUCCGAGGGCGGAGGAUGCUGCUGGCUGGAGACGGAGGAGAGACCAGGAUGACUCUGGAGGAUUUCCGGGCUGAUGAUCCUUUCCAGGACAGCGCGAGGAGGGUGCCCAAUGGCCCUGAUCCCAUCCACAACAGGGGCGCUGGCAAGUCCGGAAGAUCGCCGGGGCGAGAGUAGGGGCGCGGAAGCUUCCGACGGUUAUGGUGGGGCAGAGAGAUGGUGCAUUGCAUUGCAUUGCAUCUCAAGAAGGAACAAACAAGAGCUACUACAAUAUAUUAUGCUGGGUCUGGAUGGAUGUUGUGGUGUAACUAGGGAGGGGGAGGGUGGCCUGGACUUGGGACUAUCUUGUUCUAAGCACUGCUAUUUAAGAAGGUUUUAA